AUGAACUCGAUCUUCCGCCAGAUGAUCCCGCAGGCUACGCGCCUCGUGCGCCAGCCUGUGCGCGGCUAUGCCACUACCCCGAACGCUGCCAAGGGCCUCGCUGAGCGCGCCCAGCAGCUCGGCCUCUCGGUGGCCAAGGCCGCCGAGCGUGCGCUGGGCUCGUACGCGGAGCCGAUUGUGUACAACCUCAAGGUGGCCGGCUCGCUCGCGAAGCAGGUCUACAUUGCUGAGAAGCUGGCUCCCCCAACGUCGGUGAGGCAGGUCGUCGCUGCGUACCGCCAGAUCUGGGCGACCGUGUCGAACCCGUCGUGGUGGACGCACUCGCUCCCGUCGGGUGACUGGCGCAAGGUCGCGGUGUACGGCGUGGAGGCGAUCGGCAUCUUUUCGAUUGGCGAGAUUGUACGUGUGGAACGCUCACAUCAGAUCGGCAAGCGCAGGAUUGUGGGCUACAAGAUUCGCGAGUGCGAGUCGGAGAAGCACCACCACUAA